AAGACUUCAUCUCCCCAAUUACCAUCUCUCUCUCAUUCAUUUCUUCACAAACCUCUCUCUCUCUCUCUCUCGUUGUCUUUAUUUUAUGGACAAAGGAUGGGGACUCACCCUUGAUACCUCUUCUUCUCAAUCUCUCCCCUUGUUUCCUUCCAAACAGCCUCCCAACGAUACCAUGUUCCCUCUCCUCGGAUUCCCCGUCAACCUUAGCCGCGCCGCCAACAAGGAAGACGAUCACAACCGCAAAGUUGUCGGUGAAGUCGACUUCUUCUCUGACAGAAACAAGCCAAACGUUAAACCCAACAUCAUCAAGAAGGAGAAUAUUGAUGAAAAACCUCUCCACGUUAAUGUUAAUACUGGUUUGCAACUCCUUACUGCUAACACCGGGAGUGAUCAAUCUACCGUGGAUGAUGGGGUCUCAUCCGAUGCCGAAGAUAAGCGAGUCAAAUCCACUGAGCUUGCACAGUUGCAAGUGGAGCUUCAACGCAUGAACGCAGAGAACAAGAAGCUCAAAGAGAUGCUCAGCCAUGUCACUGGUAACUACACCGCCUUGCAGAUGCAUCUUAUGACAUUAAUGCAACAGAACCAGCGCACAGAGACCACGGAAAAUGAGGUUGUUCAGGGAAAGGUGGAGGAUAAAAACCAUGGUGUUGGUGGAGGGAAGGUACCGAGGCAGUUUCUUGAUAUAGGUCCCAGUGGCACAGCCGAAGUGGAUGAUCAAGUAUCAGAUUCUUCUUCUGAUGAAAGAACACGAUCGAGCACACCUCAGAACAAUAACGUUGAAGGUGGAACAAGAGAUGGCGUGAAAAAUAGUAAUGGUAAACACGAGUUGGGUAGGGAAGAGAGUCCAGACUCAGAAUCACAAGGUUGGGCUCCCAAUAAACUUCAGAAAACGAACCCUUCCACUGCCAUGGAUCAAUCCACCACAGAAGCCACAAUGAGAAAAGCUCGCGUCUCAGUUCGUGCCCGCUCAGAAGCUCCCAUGAUAAGUGAUGGGUGCCAGUGGAGAAAAUAUGGACAAAAAAUGGCCAAGGGAAAUCCAUGUCCUCGGGCAUAUUACAGGUGCACUAUGGCAGUUGGUUGCCCAGUUCGCAAACAAGUUCAACGUUGUGCUGAGGAUAGAACAAUUUUGGUGACAACAUAUGAGGGGACACAUAACCAUCCACUGCCACCUGCUGCUAUGGCCAUGGCAUCAACCACUUCAGCUGCUGCUAGCAUGUUGUUGUCAGGGUCAAUGUCCAGUGCUGAGGGGAUAAUGAACCCCAAUUUGCUAGCCAGAGCAAUUCUUCCUUGCUCUUCUAGCAUGGCCACACUUUCUGCAUCAGCACCAUUCCCCACUGUGACUUUGGACCUCACACACAACCAAAACCCAUUGCAGUUUCAAAGACCUUCUGCCCCAUUUCAAUUGCCCUUCCUCCAAGGGCAGCCCCAGAAUUUCGGGUCCGGAGCCACCCCAAUUGCACAAGCACUUUAUAACCAGUCAAAAUUCUCUGGUCUUCAGUUAUCUCAGGAAGUGGGAUCUUCCCAAUUAGCCCCACAAGCUCCUAGACCACCCUUACAACCAACCCAACAACCACCCUCGCUGGCUGACACAGUCAGCGCCGCCACCGCAGCCAUCACCGCCGACCCCAACUUCACCGCCGUGCUCGCCGCCGCCAUCUCCUCCAUCAUCGGUGGUGCUCAUGCGAACAACAACACCAACACCAACACCAACAACAACACAAGCAGGACUAGCUAGCAUUAGUAGUUUUUCAGGAAACUGAACUUUUCCCAUUUGGUUCCAUUUUUUUUUUGGUUAAUAUUAUUCGUUACACUUUAUAUUUUUGUACAUGGGUAAGGGAAAUGAAACCAUAAAUGUUCAUAUUCUUUUUAGUCCAUGUCUUGGGAGGGAUUAAUUAGAUCAGAAAAUGUUUCAUUUUUUUGUAUCGCCAAUAUUUCUCUUUGAAUAAUGUUGUAUAUUUGAUUCACAAAUAUCUCGGAGUAAAUAGACAGGGAAUGAAAACGAAGAAUCCUCUUUUAUCUUCUUC